AUGACAUCGCUGGCUGUCGGUGUGGUCCUCUGCCUAACAGGCUGGAUCACUCUCUACAUCCUACUGUGUAACACCAGUGGCAGCCAUGGCUCUGAGUGGAACUGUAGGCUGGUCACCCUGCUCCAUGGAAUCCUUGCAGUCUGUAUAACAGCAUACAUAGGCUAUGUGGAUGGACCUUGGCCCUUCACACAUCCAGGCACAAAGAACACCCCCCUUCAGAUCACUGCUAUGGUCAUUAGCCUGGGCUACUUCAUCUUCGAUAUGGGCUGGUGUGUUUACUUCCGCACAGAGGGACCGAUGAUGCUGAUCCACCACACCAUGAGCAUCCUGGGUAUCUUGUUGACCCUGAGCUUGGGGGAAUCAGGCAUCGAGUCCUGCGCCGUACUUUUUGGCAGUGAGAUCACAAACCCCCUGCUGCAAGCUCGCUGGUUCCUGAGACAGUUGGGUCGCUAUGAGAGCCUGACAGGGGAGGCGGUGGAUGUUCUGUUUGUAGUGCUAUUUGUGUUUAUGCGCAUAGCGGUUGGCGGAAGGAUGUUGUACUGCGAGCUCAUCUCCCCACGGCCCAUGUUCAUUAUAAAGUGUGGGGGAGUUGCCAUGUAUGUGCUAUCCUGGGUGUUCAUGGUGGACAUUGGCCGUUUCGCCUACCGCAAGAGUCAAUCCAAAUACAGACGCUGGCGAGACCAACACAGAUUGAAAACAGUUAACAGACAUGAUGGAAAGACAGACUGAAAGACUUCCUGAUCUUUAGAAGAUGAAUAUAAACAUCCAAUGUUUAUACUAAUAUACCUUUAACAAAUGAUUAACUAACACAUGGUUGUGUGUAAGCGGAGGGUCAAAGUCAAGCGAUUCUUUAAGUCUGUAUGAUUAUCGGGGAAUAGUCUUUGGUAUUCAGAUUUACACUUUUUCUGUGCUCAGUUCAGAAAAAACAAGCUGCUCAGUUUAGACAUGCACUGUUCAUCAGUCACUUUGGAUUAUUACACAGGUUCACUGGAAGGUAAUGUACAGUGCCUUCAGAGAGUAUUCACGUCCACAUUUUGUUCAAAUCAAUUUCUAUUUGUCAUAUGCUUUGUAGACAACAGGUGAAAUGCUUACUUACGG